AUGACUUCGGGUAACUCGUCCAGCACGUCUUCUACUCCAGAUGACGCCCGCAAGUGGCAGACGGUCUUCCGAGUGAGACUGAACCACAAACCAGCAGCAAGCCAGAUUCUAAAUCCGGCACCAGAGAAGAGGAAAGCUUCCGAGUUUCGUCCUCGUCGGUCCCACCGCAAGUCUAGGGCAGGCUGCCUUAUAUGUAAGAGACGCAGGGUCAAGUGCGACGAAAAAAAGCCUGGAUGCCGGAAUUGCUCCAAUUAUGGUGUUUCAUGUUGCUAUCCUGCAUCUCUCAGCAGUGACAGCGAGAUAGGCACCGUUGCCCUCUUGGGCCACCCGAGCAUGGCCAUGUUUUCCAUGUCUCUUGAUAACUUGACCACCAAGAUCACGGAGACGUUAAGUAUGCAACCAGGUUCAGACUACCGCAUGCAGAGCAUGCCGGGGUCUGAUAGGCCUAUGAUAGUCCUAGCACUUCGGCAUUUCGUAAACAACACUGUAGAAACAAUUUCAUCUCCUACAGUCCGCAAGCUUAUGCGGACAGAGGCAAUACAUGUUGCUUUUUCUAACCCGCAUGUUAUGCAUACCAUCAUCGGUGUAGCGCUCCUACAUCUCAACCGCAUGCUUCCUUCUUGUAGGGCUCGAGAAGUUGCAGAAGCCCACCACUGGCAAAGAGCCAUUCAAUCGUACCGAAGAGCUCUCUGCUACAAGGUUAGCCCGGCAAAUAUUGACGCCCUCUUGACCACAUGCAUGCUUAUGGCUGUCAACUGCAUGUGCCCCGAGAACUUCACGCCCAGUGACUCUUGGGUCUUGUCUUCCGAUCCCUCAGCCAUGAAUUGGGUCUACCUGCAAAACGGCCUACCUUACCUCCUAGAAGUUGGUGGCCCCUUCAUUUCUCAGAGUAUAUGGGGUCCUGCAUUCCAAGCGGCAGAGCAAGCGCACGAUGAGUUGCUGAAUGGUACUCUGCAGGGCAGAGAAGGCAUGCAUCCGAAAUUAGCAGAUUUCUGUGGAAUAACUGACUCUACCACCUCUGAAACGAGCCCAUAUUUUAAACCACUUCAGGUGGUAAGCACUAUGCUUGAAAUGGAAAAGAGUAAAUCAACUGCCGGAUACUUUUCGUCCUUUCUAGGUCACUUAGACCCUCGGUUCAUCGAAUUGUUAAGAGUCAAAGACACAAAAGCACUCGUUAUACUAGCCCAUUGGAUGGGUAUAAUGUGCCUGAUAUCACAUUGGGAGCCUUGGGUCGAGGGAAGGAUCAGGGCAGAAUGCAUGGCUAUAUGCAUCUACCUUACCCCUGGGGCCGAUGCCCAGCUCCUGGAGUUGCUUACCUUCCCCUCUAUUGCCUCCGGAUUUACAGAUGCUGAAGUUUCGUUAUAA